AGUAAGUAAGGCCUUGUUUGAAAGUGACAAUUACUUGAUAACAUCUACAGUAAAGUAAGUUCCUGCGACCAAAAAACAAAUUAACAUCACGUUUCAAAACCAACAAUGCCUGCCCUACAUUUAUGUGUAAUAAAAUUGAAAUUCUCUUUUGUAUUUUCAAAUAAGGUUGACACUGAGGAAGAAGAAGAGGAAGACAAAGAAGACAGUCCUGCUCCAACAGACUCUAAAACUGAUGCUGAAGCAAGUGAAGAGGAAGAAGAAAAAGAAGAAACUCCCAAGCCAUCUCCAGAUGCUGAUACAGUGAUUCUCUUUACCAAACCCUCUAACCAAGAAUUUCCUGCUGGUGAAGUGAUCAAGUGUCUCAUUGGUCUGGGAAAUAAUGGCAAGAAUGAUUUCAUUGUGGAACUUGUUGAAGCAUCUCUAAGGUACCCUCAAGAUUACACAUACUACAUUCAAAAUUUCACUGGAUUCCAGUAUAACACAGUUGUACAGCCAGGCAGUCAGGCUUCUUUUGAAUAUGCGUUCAAGCCUCAUGAAUCUUUUGGAGGACGCCCAUUUGGUCUAACUAUUAACUUGGCAUACAAGGAUUCGGAAGGCAAGCCAUUCAUGGAUGCAGUGUUCAAUGAAACAAUUAACAUUACAGAAAGUGACGAAGGAAUUGAUGGUGAAACUUUCUUCCUGUAUGUGUUCUUGGUAGCGGUUGCUCUGUUGUUGGUCAUGGCUGGCCACUAUGCCUUGACUUCUGUGAAGGGCAAGAAACCAGCUGCUAAGCCAGUAAUUGAGAUGGGUACACAACAGAACACUGAUAUUGACUAUGACUGGCUGCCAAAAGAAACCACAACAGAAUUUGCUGGCAAAAAUUCUCCACGUCGCUCACCAAGAAACAGGCGGCAGAAACGUAACACAGGCUCUGACGAAUAGAUAUAAGUUAUUACACUUCUUCAAUGUAAACUUCCUGAAGCCAUUAUCUUGGUGUUUAAAGAAAGUCUGAAUCAUAAACUAAAAUAUUUCUUAGAAAGAUUAUGAGGCAGUUUGUUUAUUGGCAGACAGCUUCUAUAGGCAGACAACCCAUGUCAGCAGACAAUUUGUCACAAUCCCCACCAUGUACAAAGACUACGUGGUUAACCUUCCAUAACUGGACAUCUACUGAAAGCGGAAAAAUAAUUUUCUUAUUCAAUGGUUGUCCACUUAUGGGAGGCUUGACCUUGCUUUUUUUUUCUUUAGUCUGCUCAACACAGAAUAGAAAGCUUUUACAAUCAGAUGCCAUACAGUCUUAUGCUUGACAAAGUUUUCAACUUAUUUUGAUCAGCCUCUGUUGGUUUCCCUUUACUUGUCUAGUUAAAAACCAAGUUUUGGUGAGAAGCAGAAGUCAGACCUGUUGAUAAAUUAAACAUUUAAGUCCUUUGGUCUUUGAUUGGUUGACAACUGUGGCAAGCAUCAACAGUAUGGUUAAUUUUAAUAAAUUUCUCAGAGCUAAGGAAACGAGUUACAAUCUAACAUUGUUCAACUAAAAUGGCUGCAGAACACACUUCAUGUACAAUUCCUGACUUCAAAGCUGGAGUUUUUACACUAAAAGAUAUUGAAUAAAUACAAUAUUUCAAAGUA